GCCGUACGUGUGGAGCCGAGCACGGUGCUGGCAGCACUCCCAGCCCUGCGGUGCCUGGCAAGCAUCCCGUGCCGCCCUGGCACUGAUUGUUUUCCCCAGUGCAGGGAGACAGGUCAGGACACAUGUGGCCCAUCGGCAGCAGCGCCAGGCCUCGCGCGUGCCGGCUAUCGCCACGAUCUUGUCCCACCUCCAGCACUUUCUUCCCUUCUCAUCCCUCUCCUCACCUUGGCACAGGGAUGGAUCUUGUUACUCCCUACCUGGGGGGGGCAGAGGAGGUGGCAGGGGGCCAAGGUGCACUGGGACUUGCUUGGCGCAUGCUGGGGAGAAGAUGCUCCCGGUGCAGCCAUGCCCUUGGCUCCCACCAUGCCGGCGUGGGUGCAGCCAAGCUAGUGCUCUCCCAUGUGUGGAGUGUGGGACCCCCUGUGUCCUCCUUCCCAGUGGCUGCUCUGGGGAAGGCUGGAGGAUGCCGGGGUGGUAGGAGACGGUGCUUGGGGCUCAUUGGUGUCAUCAGAGCUGCUGUCGCCUGGCUCUAAGUACUGACGCUGGCAAAGGCAUCCAUACAUCUGCUCCGGGCUGGUGUGAAUCAUCUCCCAGCAAUGCCCGUGGCCGCACUGCCCAGCCAGCCUGGCUGCCCUGCCGACCGACCGGCACUGCCCGCGGCACCAGCCAAGUGCAUGGACAGAGCUCCAGAUGAGCCGGGGUUAUGGGGACAUGGGAGAACAAUGCUCAGGACCCAACCAGGGUGAUGGGUACAUGUAGGAUAAUGCUCAGGACCAACCUGGGGUGGUGGGGAUGAUGCUUGGGGAUGGGCUGUGGUGAUGGGGAUGAUGCUCAGAGCUGACUGACGGUGAUGGCAAGGUGGCUGAGCAUGGCAUACAGAGCAGGCCAUGAGCCAUCGAGCAGCGUGUGGGCACCAUCUGCCUUGCAGAUGGCAUGGGGUUGGCAGGCACUGCUUGGGCAUGGCAGUUUCUCUGCCAGGAAGAGGUGUGGAUGCACUGCUUCCUCUGUGGGGACCAGCGCAGCCCCCAGCCAGUGCCACCCAUGGUGUCCGUGUGGCACGUCAGUCCCGCGCCCCACGGGAGGAUGCACAGAGCGAGCCACUGUGUUUCACUUCCACACGGAGCGAGCCCGGGUCACCCACGCAGGGCUCGGGGCGAGGAGGAGGAGGAGCAGAGGAGGAGCCGUAGGCUGCAGCCGCCCUCCCUGCCUGCACCCCAGGAGCCAUUUGGCCUCGGUGACCAGGUCUUGGUGGCAGCAUCCCCGGCUCUGGCCAGCUCGCCCAGGGAGCAGCCUGGAGCCUGAGGAGCGCAGCAUGGAGCCGCCGGCUGAGCUGGAGGAGGAGGUGCCCAUCACCACGGCGCCCAGCCCGGUGGGAUGCCAGCUUUUCGGUUACGUGGGAAUCGAAGCUGUGCUGGACCAGAUGAAGAUCAAAACCAUGAAGACAGGCUUCGAGUUCAAUAUCAUGGUUGUGGGGCAGAGUGGGCUGGGGAAGUCGACAAUGGUGAACACCCUCUUCAAGUCCAAGGUGAGCCGCAAAGCCUCGCAGCCCAGCCAGGAGGAACGCAUCCCCAAGACAGUGCAGCUGCAGUCCAUCACCCAUGUCAUUGAGGAGAAGGGUGUGAAGAUGAAGCUGACGGUGACAGACACGCCAGGGUUUGGGGACCAGAUCAACAAUGAGAACUGCUGGGACCCCAUCAUCAAAUACAUCAACGAGCAGUACGAGAGGUACCUGCGUGAGGAGAUCCUCAUCACCCGCAAGAGGAAGAUCCCGGACACCCGGGUCCAUGGAUGUGUCUACUUCAUCCCUCCCACGGGUCACUGGCUGCGCCCACUGGACCUCGAGUUCAUGCGGCGGCUCAGUAAGAUUGUGAACGUGGUGCCGGUGAUCGCCAAAGCCGACACACUCACGCUGGAGGAGCGAGCGGAGUUCAAGCAGCAGAUCCAGGAGGACCUGAAGACCCAUGCAAUCAGCGUGUACCCGCAGGAGGACUUUGACCAGGACCCAGAUGACAGGGUGCUGAACGACAGGAUUCGGGAGAAUAUCCCCUUUGCUGUGGUGGGAGCAGACCAGGAGCACCAGGUGAAUGGCAAGCGGGUGCUGGGCCGCAAGACCAAGUGGGGCAUCAUUGAAGGGGUGCGGCAUGGUGCUGUGCCAGUGCUCUGGUGGUACCCAGAGCCUGUGGGGUGUGCAUCCUGCGAUCCCUCCACCCCCUGCCCCUCUGCCUUGCUUUGCAGUGGAGAACCCGACACACUGCGAGUUCCCCCUCCUGCGGGACCUGCUGAUCCGGUCCCACCUGCAGGACCUGAAGGACAUCACCCACAACGUCCAUUACGAGAGCUACCGUGUGCGGCGGCUGAACGAGAGCAACCGCCUGGCGCUGAGCCCCCUCAAUGGGCUGGCUGGCAAGGGCGAGGCUGGCAGCGACCUCUGAGCCACCACCUAUCCCCCCGGAGCCACCCCUGCGCCCUGCCCCGCGUAAGAAGCCCCCCCAGCAGUGCCAGCCUGCCCUGGGCCAGGUCCUCCCUUGUCCCCAAGCACAGACCCCAUUGGACCCUGCAUAAUGGUAAAGCUCAGCCUGGAGCUCUCAGCCUUCACCAUCACCAUCCUCCUGCUGGACUCCCCACCUUUGAUGUGCCACCGCUCUCCUGUGCUGCUCUGGCCACUGGGACCAUGGGGCAAGAGACAGACACCCCUCAAAUAUGCUGCUGGGGUGUAGGGUGCCAGCACCAGCCAGGCACCCCCGGGGCAGUGUCAGUGCUGUGGUGGUGCCAUGGGUGGCUGGGUAGCAGGUCCCCUCCCUGCGGUCACCCCACCUGCCCUGCCCGGUGACGGCAGCUGCCAUGGCCGGACUUUGAGCCACUUAUCGGUGGCAGAAGUUCCGGAUGGGUGUGGAGGUGCCAGGAGUGGUGUGAAGGUGCCACCCGCAAAGGUGUGAGGGGCUACACCCAGCUGCUGCUUGCUGGGACACCCCCUGCUAGGGCACCACCACAGGGUGCAGCCUCCCAACGCCUCAGGCGGACC